AUGCCGCUCGAUUGGCCGGACCAGGCGCGGUUCCUGGAGGUGAUCCGCAGCCUCCGCAGCGCGUCACGGUCCAAGCUCGACGAGAUCGUGGCGUUGGCGCGCAAGGAUGCGAGGAAGUACUACAAGCACUCGGUCGCCAUCCUGGUCAAGCAGAUCCAGGUGAAGAAGCCGAGGCAGAGGGUGCCGGUGCUCUACGCGAUCAACUCGCUGUGCGCGGCGGGCGACGACGACGAGGUGAAGAAACUGUUCGCGUCCCGCUUCUCCCGGGAUAUCCUCAAGUGCGUCGAGGCGGCGCUGAAGUGCCCGCCCCAGCACCUCGCGGGCGUGCGUCGGGUCGUGGUCAAGUGGAGGAGGCGCUCGGCGUUUCCGCCCCCAAUCGUCGCCGCCGCCGCCGCGCUCGUCGGCGGGUACGCGGGAUGGGACCCGUCGCUCAUCGAUAACAGGGACGACGAUAACAAGGACUCCGAUGGAUUCGACGUGGACGACUACGUCCCGUCGUCGGACGAGUGCUCCGACGGCGAAGGAGAGGACAAAGGGAUGACGGCGAAGGACGACGGCGGAGACGGCGCCGAUGCGAAACCGUCAAUCGACGCCGCCGACGACGAAGCCGGGCUCACCGCGGCCGAACCCUCGCCGCCGGUGAAGGUACCGCGGGCGAAGAAGGUACGCGCAUGGGGCGCGGCGCCCAAGAGGCCCGAACGCCCGGCCGUCCAGAGCCAGAACGGGGGGACCCACGCGCAAACGGGACCCACCGGGACAGAGGCGAAGCCGGAUGAUGAGCCCCUCGCGUGGAACCCGCCGCCGCCGUCGGCGCCGAUUGCGACCAACCCGGCUUCCAAUCCGCCGCCGCCGGCGUCGAUGGCGGCGGCGCGGGGGGGGGUGAUCGGGGCGGCGCGGGGGGUGAUCGGGGCGGGCGUCGAGGGAACCGCGCAGGUAUCGCGGGUGGCUUCGAACUCGUCCCCGCCUCGACGGCGCUCGCCGCCGGCGGGACCGAAGAAGGAUCGCUCCUCGAGGGGGGUCGCGGGCGCGGGCAAAAAAGGGGGCGGCCGCGACGGGGAUCGCGGCAGGGACCGGCGGCGAUCGCGGGACUCGGGAAGGAGGGAGCCCAAGGUGGAGGUGGACCGGUGGGGAGAUCCCGUGCGGCGGGUGAGCCGCGAGCCGUCGGCGGAUGACGGGUACGGCGGCGGGGUGGACGAACCCCGGCGGAGGUCGCCGCCGCCGCCGCCCGCCGCCGCGAGGGCUCGGUCGCCCCCAAAGGUGCGAUCGCCGCCGCGGGCGCGUUCGUCGUCACCGGAGAGGCGCGCCCCGAAGAAGCAGAAGAAGCGAGCGCCUUUGCCGCCCUCGCCGGAGAAGAAACGGACGCCGCCUCGCUGA